CUUAAACAUAAGCGUAUUCAUACAGGGAAGAAACAAUUUUGCUGCAAUAUCUGUGGGAAAUCAUUCUCUGUACGUAGUAGCUUAACAUCUCACCGACGAAUUCAUACGGGAGAGAAGCCAUAUGGAUGUGAUAUCUGUGGUAAAUCAUUCCCUCAGAAUGGACACCUAACUACACACAAACGUACUCAUACAGGAGAGAAACCAUAUCAUUGUGAUAUCUGUGGUAAAUCACUUUCUGGCAAUACUGCAUUUACAUCUCAUCAACGUAUACAUACAGGAGAGAAGCCAUAUCACUGUGGUAUUUGUGGUAAAUCUUUCUCUCGAAGUGAAUAUUUCAGAUCUCACAAGCGAAUUCAUACCGGAGAGAAACCAUAUUGCUGUAAUAUCUGUGGUAAAUCAUUCUCUGGAAGUGGUGACUUAACUAAGCAUAAACGAAUACAUACCGGAGAGAAACCGUAUCACUGUGAUAUCUGUGGUAAAUCAUUCUCUGUGAAAGGAAGCCUAACUACACACAAACGUAUUCAUACAGGAGAGAAGCCACAUCAUUGUGGCAUUUGUGGUAAAUCUUUCAGCAGAAAUACUUCCUUAACUUCUCACAAAGUGAUUCAUAAAGGAGAGAAGCCAUAUCAGUGUGAUAUCUGUAAUAAAUCAUUCUCCCACAUUGUUAACUUGACUGUACACAAGCGUAUCCAUACAGGAGAGAAGCCGUAUCGGUGUGAUAUCUGUGGUAGAGCAUUCACUGUAAGCUGUAGUUUACAAACACACAAACGUAUUCAUACAGGAGAGAAACCUUAUCACUGUGAUGUCUGUGGUAAAUCAUUCCCUCAGAGUAAUGGCUUAAAAGUACAUAAGGGUAUUCAUACAGGAGAGAAGCCCUAUUACUGUGAUAUCUGUGGCAAAUCAUUCUGUAAAAAUAACUACUUAAAAGUACAUAAGCGUAUUCACACAGGAGAGAGGCCAUACAGUUGUGAUAUCUGUGGUAAAUCAUUUUCUCAAAAAAUUCAUGUAACUAGUCACAAACGUAGUCAUACAGGAGAGAAGCCAUAUUGCUGUAAUAUCUGUGGUAAAUCAUUCUCUGUAAGUACUGAGUUAACUGCACACAAACGUAUUCAUACAGGAGAGAAGCCAUACCAGUGUGAUAUCUGCAAUAAAUCUUUCUCUCGGAAUGACAGUUUAACUACUCACAAACGUAUUCAUACAGGAGAAAAGCCAUUUCAGUGUGAUAUUUGUAAGAAAUCAUUCUCUGCCAGUAGUAGUUUAAUAACACACAAGUAUAUUCAUACAGGAGAGAAGCCAUAUCAGUGUGAUAUUUGUGAGAAGUCAUUCUCUCAAAGUAGUAAUUUAAUGACGCACAAGCGUAGUCACACAGGUGAGAAGCCAUAUCAAUGCAAUAUCUGCAGUAAAUCAUUCUCUGUAAAUUCUAGCUUAACAUCACAUAAACGUGUACAUACAGGAGAGAAGCCAUAUAAAUGUGAUAGUUGUAACAAAUCAUUUUCUCAACUUUGUGAUUUCACAGUACACAAACGUAUUCAUACAGGAGAGAAACCAUAUCACUGUAAUAUCUGUGGUAAAUCAUUCUUUAGAAGUAGUGCAUUAACCUCACAUAAACGUAUUCAUACAGGAGAGAAACCAUAUAAAUGCGAUAUUUGUAGCAAAUCAUUUUCUCAACAUAAUAAUUUAAGAGUACACAAACGUGUUCAUACAGGAUAGAAACCACACCACUGAUACUUGUGGUAAAUCAUUCUCCCAGCGUCAUGACUUAAGGGGUCGUAUAUGUAUCCAGAUAAAAGUGUAACUAUCAAUGUGGAACUUCUUAACAACAGCAAACAUUGAAGUUCCUCCCCAAGUGAGGAGGGCUUAUCUAUGUGAACUUUACCCGUGACAACAACCAAGCCACUCAUCAUUGGCUCUCUUUCUGAAGUAGUCUUUCACAGCUGUUUGAACUUUUAAUGAUGCCAACCUUCUUUAUUU